CUGAGGUUUAACCUUUUUUCUAUCAUUACAAUCUCAAAAACGAACAACCAACCCUUCUUCAACAACACAACCCACCACAUAUUCCAAGAUGUUCGGAUUCGGCGAAGCCAAGGACAAGCGUGACGAGGUCUACGACUUCGAGGGCGAGCCCCGCGAGCAUCAGUCCAAGUUCACCCACGAGGCUGUUGCCGGUGGUGCUGCAUUCGAGGCCAUGAAGCUCUUCGAGGACCGCCAGCGCAAGAACGGCGAGCCCGUCAACCACCAGUUCGCCAAGGAGAUUGUCGCUGGUAUCGCUGGCGCUGAGGUCGACAAGCUGUUCGAGACCAAGGGUCUUGACUUCCUCGAUCGCGAGAAGGCCAAGCGCCACGCUAAGCAGCAGGCCGAGUCCCUCUACAACGACCACUAUGGCCAGUACGACCAGUACGACCCGUAAGUACACACGUCAAUAUGAUGUAUACCGGAACUAUAGCUAACCAGGAACGUAGUAACCAGCAGCAGCCUCACGAGUCUCUCCAGGGUCGCUGGUAAAUGUCUAUCUGACGGCCUUGUCGUAUAGUAGAUAAAUAAGAAUAAACAAAUCAGUUAAACACUACA